UCUGAAAUGAGCCGUUGCUUAUGCUGAGCUUUCACUUUCGGCGUCCAGUUUCAAGUGAUCAGCUUACUAAGCAUUCGUGGUUGAAUUUGAUACGCACGUACACGGACAGACACACACACGCAUAAGUAGACAGAAUGUUUGGCUUUGUAAAGUGCUGUUCAAGUUACCGCCUUGCAUUCUUUCUAAUAAUUAUAGCCGUUCUGGGAAAAGUUUACAAAAAUGAUAUCGUGCAGCUCCUGCAAAUAGGGGCUGCGCGUUAUUUGAAUAGAGCCACCAACGAGCGGACCGAAAGUGUUCCCGUUAAGUUCACGGAGACACGCGACAGUGUCUUCACGGCGGAGCAGCUGUCCACGUACAACGGGGAGAAUGGUGCACCCAUCUAUUUGGCACUGCUCGGUGCCGUGUUUGAUGUCAGUCGCGGCAUAAAGCAUUAUGGACCCGGCUGCAGUUACAAUUUUUUUGUUGGCCGCGAUGCAUCCGUCUCUUUUGUGAGCGGUGAGUUCGAGCACUACGAUCCGACUACGGCAGAUGAUGUGCUCAGCCUAAAGGGCAACGACUUGAUUGAGCUAGCCAAGUGGCAGCAAUUCUACGAGAAGGAGUAUACCUAUAAGGGCAAGCUAAUUGGGCGCUUCUAUGAUGAAACGGGUCAGCCGACGGUCUACCAUAAAAAAUUCCUGGCGCUGCUGGACGAGGCAAAGAUAGCCAAGGCGCAAGUUGACGAGCUACGUAAUCGAUAUCCAGGCUGCAACAUCGAGUGGUCCGAAGCGAAGGGCACUCGCGUCUGGUGUACCACAACGAGCGGCGAUGGCAAAGAGCGUGAGUGGUCUGGCUAUCCCCGCAAGCUAUAUAACAGGGACAACAAGAACUUCCACUGCGCCUGCGUACCCGAGGCGGAACUAAACGAUCCCAUGUUCAAGCCCUACGACAAUUGUGCAGAUCGGGCGACUGAAUGUUUCUAUCGGGUCUAAACCUGAAUACAACCUUAACUGAUAUGCUGAAGAAGCUA